ACUCCCCCCACACACUCCCCCCUCCCUCCCCACCAUGGCCUGGGCCCUGAAGAUGCCGAUGCCCGAUGAGGUGAUCGAGUCCGGGUUGGUGCAGGACUUCGACGCCAGUUUGUCCGGCAUCGGCCAGGAGCUCGGAGCUGGAGCCUACAGCAUGAGCGAUGUGCUUGCACUACCGAUCUUCAAGCAGGAAGAGUCUAAUCUGCCUCCAGAAAAUGAGAAUAAACUUCUGCCCUUUCAGUAUGUCCUAUGUUCAGCCACCUCCCCAGCCGUCAAGCUCCACGAUGAAACUCUUACAUACCUUAACCAAGGACAGUCUUAUGAAAUCCGGAUGCUCGAUAAUCGGAAAUUGGGCGAGUUGCCAGAAAUCAAUGGCAAAUAUGUGAAGAGCAUUAUCCGGGUGGUGUUUCAUGACCGGCGAUUGCAGUACACAGAGCACCAGCAGUUGGAGGGAUGGAGGUGGAACCGGCCUGGAGAUAGAAUCCUGGAUUUAGAUAUUCCUUUGUCGGUCGGGAUUGUUGACCCCAGAGCUAACCCAACUCAGCUAAACACAGUCGAAUUCCUUUGGGACCCUUCAAAGAGAACCUCUGUAUUUAUCCAGGUUCAUUGUAUCAGCACCGAGUUCACCACCAGAAAGCAUGGAGGGGAGAAAGGGGUUCCUUUCCGAAUCCAGAUCGAUACCUUCAAGGAGAUGGAAAAUGGCGAGUACACUGAACAUCUACACUCAGCCAGCUGCCAAAUCAAAGUGUUCAAGCCGAAAGGAGCUGAUCGAAAACAGAAAACGGACAGAGAGAAGAUGGAGAAACGGACUCCGCAAGAGAAGGAAAAAUAUCAGCCCUCUUACGAGACGACGAUACUCACAGAGUGCUCUCCUUGGCCUGACAUCUCCUAUGUUAACAACACAGCAUCUCCCGGAUUCAGCAGCUCACACAGCAGUUUCACCAUCUCUGAAGGAAAUGGAUCCCCAAAUCACCAGCCUGAGCCAGGCCCUCCAAACACUGAUGUAAGUGCAUUGGGUUCCUUUCGGAAGUGGGUUUGUCGAGAGUUGUCCGUGUCGCCCGUCUCAGAAAACCAGAACCUGUUGCCAACAGCCACACCUCAGGACGCACAGCAGUGGCUGCACAGAAACCGCUUCUCUCCUUACUGCAGGCUCUUCGCAAACUUCUCUGGCAGCGAUCUGUUAAAGCUGACCCGGGAUGAUGUUAUCCAGAUCUGCGGACCCGCAGAUGGAAUUCGACUCUUCAACGCUCUCAAAGGAAAGAUGGUGAGACCGAGGCUAACGGUUUACGUUUGUCAGGAGUCCCAGCAAGUGCGGGAACAGCCUCCGCAGAAACACGAAAACGGGGAUUCAGUCAACAGUUCUUUUUACGUGUACCACGCCAUUUAUUUGGAAGAGUUGACGGCGGUCGAAUUGACUGAGAAGAUCGCUCAACUUUUCAACAUCUCACCUCGUCAGAUCAAUCAGAUUUACAAGCAGGGACCCACGGGCAUCCACGUGCUGGUCAGCGAUGAGAUGAUCCAAAAUUUCCAAGAUGAAUCCUGUUUUGUGCUGGACACUUUGAAAGCUGAGAGUAGCGACAGUUAUCACAUAAUCCUCAAGUGAGCGAUCUCCGACAGACGCAGAGACUUGAGUAAACGCCUUCAGCCUUCACUUGCAGCUCGGAAAGAGGAACGAUAUUUGCAGCUCGCCGACAAAGGAAUUCAAAGGACACGACUGCCUCUCUCAGUAACCCGGGGUUGUAAAUGUGCUCCUUGCACAAGUGACCGAGUCUGCUUGAUCAGAAGCUAAAGGAUAAGAAGCUGGCUGACCAUUGGGGGUGGGGGGUGGGGGUGGUUAAGGCAUCUUGGCAUGCGUUUCUGUAAGAAAUAUAACGACCACCAUUUUGGGCCAUGAUAGAAACUUGGUGACAGUGGGCGUAUUCGUUAAUCACUGCCGUUCCCGGCCGAAGAGACAAGGCGGCACAGCCUGCCCGGAGUGUACCUCUCUUCCCCCCCCCCCCCCAACCCUCUGGCUCUCCUCCUCGACCUCUUGUGCAGGGUCGUGUAUGGAAAGGACCCUCAGAAAAAACACGCUGUUCACUUCGGCUCAGUUCAGCUCAAUCCACUCCACAAUCAAGUACGGAGUUCUGUCAAAAUCUUUCCGUCGUUCGUUCGGAACUUGUGGCAUUGAUUUAUGAUCAUCCAAAUAGUAAGCCUCGCAGUGUACUCCAGACCCUGGGCGGGGUGGCCUGUCACAACCUAUUCUGGGGGCUUUUAUAUAACCGGAAUGAUUGAAAUACAUUCUUGCCUCA